AUAGCAGUUUCCAUCCGAUCCUUUCUUUUUUUUUUUUUUAUCAGUGCAGUUUCCAUCUGAUUGAUUUCUCUUUUUCGUGUCUUAGUACUUGUGGUGAAUCCCCUCACUCUAUUUCCCUGGUCCAUCACCUGUUUGGGCUUUAAAGUAAUUUUAAUUUUGAUUGUGAAAAAUGACAAAUGAAUGUGUAGUGUGUUUUUUUAAAGUUAAAGUUAAAAUUUUUUACUUGAAAAAUGUGUAUUUUUAUUGUGUAAUGUGUUGAGUUCAAGUUCAAGUUAAAAUUUUUGUGAUUUUAAUGUGAAACCAAGCGAAAUGUCUUCAUCCUCUUUUCCUCCUAAAAACUUAUAUUAUUAUCUAAUGGCAGACAGUAAUUGAUGGGUUAGAAUUUUCUCCAUCAUUCCUUGUGAAUCUUGCCUAAAUGUUUUUAUUAAAGCAUUGAAUACGCAAUUCUUAGUGCAUAAUGUUUGUCCCUACCCUAGUCUAUAUUUAGCUAGCCCCGACAUGCCUAGGUAGCUUCACCAUAUCAUACUUCCAAGUGAUCAUGCCCGAACCAAAUUCUUCCAUUCAACUCCCUGUGCUCGAUUUAUCUAAACCCCUCCAAUCAACCUCUCUCUCCUCCCUCUCUCAAGCUUGUCGAGAAUUGGGAUUUUUUUACGUCACCAACCAUGGAAUCUCCAAGAAAACUUUCAGCCAGCUCUGUUCUCUGUCAAGAAACAUCUUUGCCCUUCCUCAAGAGCUGAAACUUAAGCUCGGUCCUUCUUCUUCCAUCAAGAGCUACACUCCUCGUUUCAUAGCAUCUCCUUACUUCGAGAGCCUGAGAGUGUGCGGGCCUGACUUUUAUACUUCCGCAAAGUCCUCUGCUGAUAAGCUCUUCGGGCAGCAGCAUUCUGAACUUAGUGAGAUGUUGCAAGAAUAUGGAAGCAAGAUGAUGGAGAUAUCGAAGAAGGUCAUGGAGGCUGUGUUGAAGUGUCUCGGAGACAACUGUGACACGAAGUUUUACAACUCCGAGUUCAGCGGCUGUCAUGGAUAUCUGAGGAUAGUUAAUUAUUCCCCGCCUGAAGACGGGGGAGAAAAAGAGAUUGAGGGACUUGGGAUGCAUACUGAUAUGAGCUGCAUAACAAUAGUUUAUCAAGAUGAGAUCGGUGGGCUCCAGAUGAGAUUGAAGGAAGGUGAAUGGAUCGACGUUGACCCCUGUGAGGAUUCCUUGGUUGUCAAUAUUGGAGACCUGAUGCAAGCUUGGAGCAAUGGACAGCUUAGAUCCUCUGAGCACCGAGUCGUUCUCAAGCAACCUGUGAACCGCCUCUCCCUUGCUUUCUUCUGGUGCUUUGAGGACGAAAAGCUUGUUUUGGCACCGGAUGAGGUUGUCGGGAAAGGGAAUACAAGGGCUUACAAGCAAUUUGUCUGCCUGGAUUAUUUGAAAUUCAGGGAGAGCAACGAGGAAGGUAAGUUCGAGAGAAUUGGUUACACUGUGAAGGAUUUCGCAGGCCUUGAACAUAAAGUAUAAUGGCAUAUUGCAGAAUCUUUACCGCAUAGAAGUUGCAUAUACACAUUAUGAUUUAGUAGCUUCCGUCAAUUGUGAUGUAUGGAUUUAAUGGAGAUAUGAGAAUAGAAUUACUGGAAUGCUCGAGAUCGCCAUUAGGGUUAAAAUGCGUUCCCCGUCACUUCCUUGUUUCGGUUUUAAAAUGUAACAGAAAUUGCAUUUGAGUUUGAGUAUCUUGUACUAUGAUUGUGCUAUGGUCAUGCCAUAUAUGUAAAAUUUAUGUGAUGUCUGAAUAAUAGGAGUAGCUAGGAAGCAUAUAGAAAGAACUGUUGUCUUUAGGAAACUGACUUGGCGGGUUCCAACUAUGUAACCAUGGAAGUGUGUAAAUAAGAUUUAAGUACUGGCAUUGUUCGUGCUGUUUUUCGAUUAUCAAA